AAAUUGAGUGGUUAUUUUUUAUAGAAUUACAAAAUCGGACGUUAUUUUUCUUAUUUUUUUGAACAAAAUCUUUUUAAGUGUUUAUUUUAUGUGAUAUUCUUCGCUGGUUGGGCUUUUAUUUCGUGGAUAAACCGGAAGUUGGGCGUGUCACUGCGCAGUGCUUUACUCGGCAGAGCAAAAAGGGGGCGUGUCGUUAGCCGUUAGCCCCCCCGAUGCUAACCUCGCAGCAUUAAGUUUCACUUUCUGCUGGUCGGGAAAACCCGCAGUUCGAAACGCCGCUUCCUCGGAAACGAAACCUGCGGCGGUCGGAGUCGCGUUUGACCGCUUCCGCCUCCCAAAUGUCCGCCUUGGAGCUCGCGCAGCGGCCACAUUCGGAGCUUUGAGCCCGCGGCGCGUGAAAGUUUUGCCCCGCCGGCGCAGGCGGCGUCGUUCAGCCGCUAGCUUCGGCGGCUAACCCCGCUAGCAUGGAGAGCUGCGGAAACAUGUCGAGCAGCGAGGAGAGGAGUGUGGAGAAAUCCAUGGAUGUCUACCUGAAGUCGAUCGGUCUGCACCGGAAAAAGAUCGCCAAAGACGGCUCGUGCCUGUUCCGGGCUGUGGCGGAGCAGGUGCUGCACUGCCAGAGCCUCCACCGUGAGGUUCGAGCUAAAUGCGUGGACUUCCUGAAGCAGAACAGAGACAGCUAUGAGGCGUUCAUUGAAGGCGACUUUGAGGAGUACCUGGCCAAGCUGCGGGACCCCCAGCAGUGGGUGGGGGAGGUGGAGAUCAACGCGCUGGCCGUCAUGUACAAGAGAGACUUCCUGAUCUUCCAGGAACCGGGCAAACCGGCCGUCAACAUCACAGACAACAACUUCAAGGAGAAGGUCCAGUUGUGUUUCCUGAAUGGAAAUCAUUACGACUCAGUUUAUCCCAUCAGUCACAUCCGGAGCAGCGCCCUGUGCCAGUCCAUCCUGUACGAGGUGCUGUACGAGGGCGUGUUCAAGGUGGACCGCAGCUCUCUGGGCAUCUGUCAGCGCAGCAGCCGGCAGUCCGACUUUCUGAGCGACGACGGCUUGCCGGUCCACAGCAGCGACGAGUCUGACCUGGAGACCGACGACCCGCUGUGGGUUGAAGACGGAACCAGCCAGUCGUCCUGGAAACAAAGCAACCAGAGCUACAGGGGUCGCGGUCGCGGUCGGCAGCUGCCAGAGCGAGUGAAACGCUCCCUAAACCCGACGAUGCUCCGGAACGUGGAGUACGACGUCUGGAACCGGAGCAAACGAGCUCAGCAGAAGCUGGAUUACUCCAUCGCCGCUGGGAUGCAGUUCACGGUGGGAGAUCGCUGUCAGGUUCGUCUGGAGAACAAUGGGCGGAGCUACGGCGCCACGGUCAAAGAGGUUCCUUCAGACGACGGCACUGUGACGGUGCUCAUAGAGGAGCUGGGGAAGAAGCAGUUCACCGUUCCUGUGUGGAGUCUCCGCCCCCCCAGCAAGGAGGGCAGCUGGAGAACCGUCUGCCACCGCGACAAGAGGCUGAGCAACGGGCACGGAGAGCCAGACGACAAGGGGAGAGGCAGAGGGAGGGGCAAGUCAACGCCACUGGCCGCUGGUUCCCCGGCGCCGGCGUCAGGCUCUGGUGUGCGUGUGCAGAAGCAGCACUCGUGGCCCCUGCAGACCUCGGGGGAGGAGCUUAAACCCAGCAGGAAGUCUGUGAGCGCUGUAGAGGCGGCGUUGGGCGUGACUGAGGAGGAGCGUCUGGCCAAAGAGGAAGAGGAGAGGAACGUGGCGCUGGUGGAGAUCCAGCUCCGAGAUGAGAACAGUUUCCCUGCACUCGGGAGUCAAACUGCGACUUUGGCAGAAGGAGGGCGGAGGAAGGGUGGAGACCGGAAACGCUCCCAGAGAAACAAGGCGAACAGUCCCGUUGGAGGCGCAUCAGCACCGUCGCCACCUGCUGGAGACGCGUCAAAACUCUCCUCCACGCCUCCCGCGACCCCCAUUGCGCCCACCCCUGCUGCUCCCAAGCCCCCACCCGUCAGCUCUGACUCCGCCCCUAACGUUUCCACUGUUAGUGGCCCCGCCCCCAAUGCCCCACCCCAAAUUACUAACCCCAAGCCCCGUCCUUUGGCUCCGACCUCACUGAGCCCCCCUCCCGCUGCUGCCCCCUCCAAACCCUCCUCCCUGCUCUCCCUUAGCUUCCUCCCCUCCAACCUUCCUGCCGCUUCACCUUCCUCCUCCUCUUCCUCAGCUCCCACCUUCAUCGCCCCCAUCGCCCCCUCCCCCAUAGCCGCCAAGUGCUUCCCCCGAGCGUUCUCCCCCAUCGCCUCUCUUCCUCGCUCCCAGACUCCACCCUCCUCUUCCUCUGUGGUUUCUCCUUCAGCUGCUCCUCCUUCAACUGUUUUGUCCAAAUCUGAAGUGACUGUGACGGCACCUCAAAGCCACGCCCCUCAGAUCCAGGCUCCUUCUCCGACCGCUACUCCACAGCACCAAAGGCAGGCGUCUGAAUCCCAGAAUGAGGGGGGGUCUGCCUCCUCCCCAGCAGAGACGCAGCUUCAGUCGCAGUCUGAGGAGGUGCAGGUCCAGCCCCCCCAACCGCCUCCUGCCGCCCCCCUCCAGCCAGCUCUUCAGGCCCCCCAGGUCUUGUCUUCUGCCCCCUCCCUCGGUGCCUCUGAAUCCCUCGAGUCUUCCAGCGCUCAGGGUCAGACUGAAGCUCCGCCUCUCAAACCCGAGUCUCCGCCUUCCUCCCAGCAGCCCCCUAACCCCCUGCAGCCCCCACAGCUGCCAUCUUUCCCCCUCCCCCAGUCCCUCCCCGGCGUGGUCCCCCUGCAGCAGCUGUCGCAGGUCUACCAGGACCCCCUGUACCCCGGCUUCCCUCAGGGGGAAAAGGGCGACGUGGCACAGAUCCCGCCGUACUCCUCUGACAAGUCGGGAGACGACCUGCCGAAGGACUCCAACAUCCUGAGGUUUUUCUUCAACUUAGGAGUGAAGGCUUACUCCAUGUCCAUGUACCCCCCCUACAUGUAUCUGCUCCCCCUCCUGCAGGCCUACAGCCUGCAGCUCAAGCCCCCCUCCCCCACCCCCCAGUACCCCCAACCCGCCCCGCCCCCCAGGCAACAGGAGACGUACUCUGUCCCCCUCGCCCCCCCGCCGUCCGCUCCGCCCCCUCAGCAUUAUGAGCACCCGCCUCCUUUUCCAGAGAGGCCCAAUCCUGGGGACCCCCCAUUCAGCCAGCCUGGCUUCCAGGGGAACACCCCCACCUCCCACAGGAUGCCCCCCCACUCCAUGCCCUGGCAGCAGAUGGCUCCACACACCCCCACUUACUCUGUCCGGUACCCCUCCCCCACUCCGCAAUACUCAGGGGCCCCUCCCUCAGCCCAGGUCUACCACCCUGGACAGGCCCCCGUUCACCCGCUGUACCCCUCAGGGCCCCAGUAUCCCCCCUAUAAUCUGGGCUAUCAGUCUUCUUCUGUCCCUGAAGACCUCCAGCAGGGCCCGGAGCCCCUGGAGCAGCUGCAGCCGCCCAACGGGGACACGCUGGCCGGCCACGCCCACCUGAGAGCCGCCAUGGGGCCCCCGGACAGUCCCGCUGCUCCGAAUGUGGCGAGUGCCAACAACCGAGCCAUGAUGCUUCCUGCUGGUUUUGGCCAGAAAAAGGAGACGGAGAGUUUGACCCGAACGGUGCUGCUGGUGGACCCGCCUCUCAACAACAAACCCAUACUGGCUGUGGUGUCAAACCCCGACAUGAAGGACGUCCCCUUCAAGUCCAGCAGCAGUCCUGGCUCCUCUCCCGCGUACCGGCAAAUCCGAAACCGCGGCGCCCCCUACCUCCAGCUGGGCAGCGCGGAGCCGGGUCAGCAGGGUUACGCGGUAACAGUCACCAUGCCCGAUCCUCUGUCGGUGGCCUGCAGCACCGAGGACCGCUGGGAGGAGGAGGGGCUGAGGCCGGGGGGCCCCAUGGGGCCGAGCAGGAGCUACAGGGGACGAGGGAGGAGGGGCUAUGAUGCCGGGAGGGGCGGGCCAAGGAGGCGCCACGGAGACAUGGAUGUGAGGCAGAGCUAUGUCCAGUAUAACUCCUCCUUUAAGGGGCGGGGCCGGGAGAGGGGAUACUAGCGAACUAAAAGUACGACGACUUUGUUCCAAAAACACGAAAUCUCGCCAUUUAUCCAAAUUGUUCCCCUAAAAAAAGUAAAAGACAAAAAAAAGGUGGUUGCUGGAAUUUUUUAACUCCUAGCUGACAGCCUAGCUUAGGUUAGCAUAAACAAUCUUAAGUUUACAAUUCUGCACAACUGAAUGUACGAAUUUAGUGGACGGGCGGUGGGAGGAGCCUGUAUAGAGAUGAAAUGUUCACCGUUGCUGCACUCAUGCUGGGAUGGCGUUCACGCUUUACGCUGCAAACGAGGCUGUGGAACGAAAAACCGCCCGAAGAAUGGCGUUCCGGGUUUCUCUCCUGCUGCCUGGUUUCUUUUAGCAGCACAACAUCCAAAGCCCAUGAAAAGACUUCAGUUUUCUGAUUUCCCACGUCACGUGAAUGCACCGCGGCGUAUAGAAGUAUUACACGCAGAGAGCCUCUGCAGAGCUCAGGUUUUCUUCAGAGGGUUUGUCGUUUCCUUUGAUCAACUCUAACCUCGGUGGAGUCAGUGCCUUAUGUUUGCUGCUUUUACCUCUGUGUUCCUGAAAACACUGCUGUACAAAACAAUUGUUGGUUUUUUCUAUGUGAUUAAAUAAAUAAAACUCUGGUUUGAACCUGA